CGGGGGCUGGGCCGCAGGAGCCGCUCUCCGGGCUGCCGGGAGGCUCCGCUGAGAGUCCCCGGGCGGCCCCUCCCCUCCCCCCCCCCCGGCGGCCCGAAGCCGCGCGGGGCCCGGGCCAUGUGUCGAGCGCGGCUCCGCCUCCCGCCGGUCCUGUGAGGCGGCGGCCGGGGGGAACGCAGAGAGAGCCAGCCAGGCGCCUAUCUGGGCCGUACCGUGCUGGUGGCUGAUGCACUGGCCUGCGCCAUGGCCGGGCCUUUUUCUCUAGUCGGGACCAUCCGGAUGGGGCCUUAGGGCCCCGCCCCGUCUAGCCUGGCCCGGCCUGCGCGAGCCCCGCAAGCUCUGCAGGCUGGCUAGCGGGCAGACCCCAGUCCCACGUCCUGCUACCCACCUACGAAGGAUCCGGGGAUGGGCAGCGCCACCCGGCCCGCUCCAGAGUCAGCAUGGGUCUCCGUGAGGCCGGGUGACGCUCCAGAAUGGGAGACAAGCCAAUUUGGGAGCAGAUUGGAUCCAGCUUCAUUCAACAUUACUACCAGUUAUUUGAUAAUGAUAGAACCCAACUAGGCGCAAUUUACAUUGAUGCGUCAUGCCUUACGUGGGAAGGACAACAGUUCCAGGGGAAAGCUGCCAUUGUGGAGAAGUUGUCUAGCCUUCCGUUCCAGAAAAUCCAGCACAGCAUCACCGCGCAGGACCAUCAGCCCACUCCAGAUAGCUGCAUCAUCAGCAUGGUUGUGGGCCAGCUUAAGGCGGAUGAAGACCCCAUCAUGGGGUUCCACCAGAUGUUCCUAUUAAAGAACAUCAACGAUGCUUGGGUUUGCACCAAUGACAUGUUCAGGCUCGCCCUGCACAACUUCGGCUGACCUCCUCUCAACUAGGCACUCACGCUGUUUCCUCCUCCCUCCUCUUCCCAAUACUAUUCCCACUCCUCCAGAUGCUCCAAAUAUCAUGCACAAAUGAGCAGGGCCGCGGCGGGAGUGGGCGCAGUGCGCUGCUGCCACCGAGGUGUUGUGCAUGAUGUUUGGACACUAGACUAGUUGCAUCUGAUGGGAGAAAUUUGUGUUGUACCAGCGCAUGCCUUGGAAAGACUUAAGUAAUGCAAAAGGUUGUCCUUUUUUUUUUUUUUUUUUUUUAAUCUACUGACAAGUUGCUCUAGUAACCCAAAGAAGUGAAGGAGAAAGCAGCUGCCUCACCGCCCAGACAUUGAUUUGUUCAGAUGUUUCAAUGCCUCAUGAUACAAUAAAACCACAAAAAUUUUCUUAACAGUUUAAAUUGUUUUAAUUAGUUUACUAGUUGGCUGGGCAUCGAAAGCCACCCGGACCCAUUGUCUGUCUCAUGUCUCACCCUCCCACUUCUGCCCCAACUCUGAAUACCUGUUUCAGGGAGAAACUGCUGAAGCAGCACUCCCAGCUAGCCUCUCAGAAGCCCUGUAGGGCAGUUCUCUCCCACUCCGCAGGGCGACUGGUCUUGGGAAAGCAGGCAGGAAGAGCUUAGGUCUGACUUGAAGCUUCUCGCACUGAAGCCUGUGCAGUCAGUUCUGAUACCUCCUGUGACUUCUGCUCUGGCGAGGUUCAGGGCUCUAGUAGCAGGAGAGAUGAUCCUGAAUCCUGUUGAAGCUGGAGAGGCCUUGGCAAAAUGUCCCAUCACAUUCAGGCCCUGAGGUCUCAGCAGUAUCAAGGGAGGGGUCCGCUGUAUCCCCAGAAGGAUCAGGAUCAUAUCGGAUCAGGAUCAUAUCCAGGGUGCCCCACAUACACCAAGCCAGGCAGAGGGCAGCUCAGCUCCUGUCCCAUCUGCUUUGGAUAUCAUUACCCAAAGGCAGGUAAUCCGAAGAGCCAGCCUCCACUGCCCACAGAGCUAGGCCCAGUUGGGUUGGAGUAUAGGUCAAGAGCUGUGGAAGGAGGCAGUCUGUGAGGGACUCAUAAUUUAGGAGUCCUCACCCCUCAGACUGCUGCAGGACAUUGCCAGGCCUCUCUCUAUUCCCUUCCUCAGAAUACAGACUUCAUGCUGUCUUCAAAUCCCAGGGAGUCUUAGCUGUUAGGGCAGUUUCUGCUUCUCCAUUUUGGGGACAAAGGCCUUGCCCAGUACAAAUCUAGCCCCCCAUCCCACAGACUUCUGGAUGGUAUAAACCUAGUGGCAACGUAGCAACGAUAGGCCAGAACCAAACCCAAUAUUUGGGUCAGUGCCCUCUUAAGGGUUUUAGGAUUGGUAAGGACACCAUAGCUAAAUCUGACGUGUAAAAGGAUACCCUUCCCCCAUCCCACUGCGGGUGGAGGCUAAGGACCUCUUCAGAUCCCAUAGAUUGCCGGGUGACAUUGGGCACAGGGCUGGAUGGUGUGCUAUUUGAGAGGACAACAUGCUCAGGAGAUUUCAGUGGGAAUGAUCUCUAGACUGAUGUGUAUUUGGGGAAGUGGGGGUGGGGAAGAGGUAGGUGCCUGCUGCCUCAAACCACCUUGUGUAAAAUCUGCAAUACAGCUUCUUCCAUGUACCUGUGCCUGAACUGUCUGCAAUAAAGAAGAAUUUGUAA